AUGGAGAGCCAGAGAGAUCUUGGAUUUGACUUCUUGCCCGAUCUCCCGGUCCCUAUCUCUCAGGUUGGAGGACGAUAUCUUCUGUUCGACAUCAAGAUAGCCACCUAUCUCCGUCGAGAGCAUCGAAUAUGCGGCACGCAGACCGGAACCCUCCCCCUGGCGCCUUCGCAGAAUCUUUUUUUGGGCGUCCCCAUUGAGAUCAUGCCCGAAGAAGCUCAACUGCUUGUCGAAAAGGGCGUUGGUUUCAUCCUCGAUGACGCUCGAUCUCACGACAAAGCAAUGCAAUCUCCCGACAAGGCCAGACGGGCUGACUAUCUCGCGAGCAUCCGCAAACAGUCGGAGCAAGUCGAGCAAUUCAGAAUCCAAGAAAAGGAGCAAUCCCGGAAGCGUGCCUUGAGCAAGCUAGCAAAAAUGUCCUCUGCUGGGACUUCUACUCCGCGUCAGGAUAAGCCUGUGGCAGAUUUAUUGGACUUUGAUGAUGGUGAAUCAUCCACAGUAGUGCCGACAGAGAGCUCUACUCUUGCCGAAACAGCCUCGCUGCAGUCAGAAUCUACCACGAAAGGACGAAUCAGUGACACUACAUCGACCAACUACCAUGUGACACCUACAACGUCGCAAUUUCUGCUCUCAAGUCCUCCUCAAACACCAAAGUCGGCCGUCCCAGAUCUGCCAGCUUCAUAUCCGAUGUACAAGCACCUACAUGAGAACGGCUUCUUCAUGACUCCCGGAUUGAGAUUUGGUUGUCAAUACACCGUCUAUCCGGGCGAUCCCUUGAGAUUUCAUUCUCACUUUCUGGCGGUGGGUGUUGAAUGGGACGAACCCCUUGAGUUGAUGGAUAUUGUCGGUGGUGGGAGACUCGGGACCGGCGUGAAGAAAGGCUUCUUACUCGGUGGAGCAAGCCCAGCAGGCGAUGUGAGAACCUUCAGUAUCGAAUGGGCCGUAAUGUGA